AUCAGUAUUUUUUGUACCAUCGGCGCGUUAAAACACAUGUUCAGCGACUUUAUGCGGGAGUGUAAACUAAUCUGAAAGAGCAACUACAACGACCACAACAUAUACAGCACCAGCAACAACAACAUCAGCAUCAUCAGCAGAAAAUUUUAACACGUUGACGGUUUUCAAAGUGUUUAUCGCGAGCGGAAAAGCUUAAUUAGCGCGUACUAGCGAGACCACGAAAUCGCAUUUUUUCUUCUUUGGUCUUUGCGUCUUUGAGUGUGCGUGCCAAAAUUUAAAUACGUCAUCGACGCGCGCAGCCUUAAAAGUUACAGAAAAAACCAUACCAUACACAGUCACACACACAGAUACCAGCGAAAGAUUAAAUUCAAUUGCAGGAGCAACAAAAGCUAAACAAAUUGUGAAAAAGUUCGACACACAGCGAACAGCAACAACAACAAGACGACAACUUGAAUUAAUUAAUUUGUUAUUGUGUAGCAUUCUUCUUAGCCUUUUUUGCCAUUCGCUACGAAACGCAGCCACACAAUAGAACGUGCAAAACAGCUGAGAGAGUAACGGAACGUCAAAAGCAACAAGUGCAGCAGCAGCAAUAACAACACAAAGCCCUUCCAAUUGAAAGAGAGGGAAAGAGAGAGCUGGAAAGUGCAUGUGUAUGGGGGUACUCCAAUAAACACAAAUGCAAAGACCAUCAUACUGUUGUUGUUACAAUCAAUUAGAGUGAUAGCAGCGGCAGAGGAAAAAGCAGCGCAGCAGCAGCAUCCGCAUCAAUUUGCUAGCAUCUCAGCAUCUUCGGCUUAAUUCCGAAAAGUGUGACUGUGAGCGUGGUUGCUCCCGUUCCGCCUUCGUAAUCGCAACAACUACACUUGUUGUUAUUGUCGCGCUCGUCCGCGAUCCGCAAUCUUUACUUGUAUUGGUCGUCUUGAUUGGAACGAAUCUUCUUGUAUUUCGGUUUUUUUCGUGUUUUUUUUCUUUUUAUUCCGAAACCCGAGUGUAUCUGUAGUUUCCCGCUAACGGCGAAAAUUCACACAACUCAUUGAUAUUUUAACCUCGUGUCCGCGUUGGCUGCUGCUCGACCAAGGUUCUGCCGCACAAAAUGCUCGUCUCUUUGGGCUUUUCGAAGCCUGGCUUCGUCGGACUAAAAGUGCUCCUCUAGCACGGUAUCACAAGUCCGGCCAUCUAAAGAAAAAAGCAACCCAAAACUAUCAAAAACCAUUUGAAUUGGCAGCCAAAAAGUUAUCACCAAACCAACCAACCAACAACCAACGUUAUCGUUAUCGCAAAACAGAAUCCACAGAUAAAAAACGUACCGUUUUGUUUCGUCGUAAAUACAGUGCUAAAUCGUGUGAAACAAACAACAACCAUAUAAAUUGCUAAAAACUCCCUAAUUCACCUAAUGAAAGACGAGAGCAUUUUUGUGAAUAAUUAGCUGUCAAAAAAAACCUGUUCGCCGCCGCAAAAAUUAGGCCCCCAAUAAAAAAAAAGUGACGAUCCAAGAAACAGGCAUCUCGCCCGCUUGAUAUAUAACACCCCAACACAAACGUAAAUCGCGAUAACACCCAUACUAAACAACAAAAAAAAGAGCGAAAAUCCAGCGAAUCAACUUCACAGUAUCGUCGCAAAGUCAGUGCUAGCCAGAGCUAAAACGUCGAGCAAACCGAGUAGUUGUGUCUAAAACCGUUGGUCCCCCAAUCGUUAAAUCGCAAAAACCCAAAACAACAACAAAAUCGCUAUCAGUGAUCAGUAUCCAGAAACAGUAAAUGCGGAAUAAUGCCAGCCUUCUGACAGUGUCUAAAAUAAAGGAAAGGAAACCCCAAGGUUACAUAAUACCAUUUUCGGAAGCGAAACACCACAAGUGCCCACAGCUUUAACUGCUAAUUGGAAUGUCGCAUAUCUGACAGUGACUAAACAGACACCGAAAAAUCAACCCCCCCAAAAAUAAGUCCAAGCUGAACUCAAAAAGAGAACUUCAAAAGCGUCGUGAGGAAAUCGCCCAGAAAACAGCGUCUACAAAGCCUGUUAUCAGUGACAUAUUUAAAUACAUAUAUACAUUCGAUUCCAGCGUAAACAACUGCUAUAUAAUGUCCGUCGCCAUCUGACAGUGGUCAAAAACAACCAGCGUCGUAAACAUACAAGUUUCACAAUUGUCAGUGAAACCUGUAUACCGCAUAAAGAGCCAACAAAAAUCCUUUGAACUUACAACCGGGUUAACCGUUUCAGCGAUAAAUGGAGAAAUCUGAAAUACGACUGCACCGCAUGUCAAAUGAAUAUCAGUCGCAAUCGAGCUAUAUGUAUCUCCGGACCAAGAUGCUGUUAAAAAUUGAAAACACCCUACUUCGAAGCCAUCGUCAGCGCGAGACCACCGGUAUCAAGAAACUAUACAAUUCGUUUUUCGUAUUGUUUUAA